UCACCCUCAACAAAAGUCGCGCCCCCCCUCCCCUCUCUCUUUCACUCACUUCUUCCAUUCUGUCCUUGCGUGUUGUCCACUUCUCUCUCUUCUUCUUCCCUCUCCCCCUCAACAUUCCCCCACAAAAAUACAAAACUACCCUCCUUUCUCUCUCUCUCUCUCUCUCUCUCUCCCAUCUUCUUCAACCUCCAAAACAUUCCUCCAUCAUUUCCCCAAUGUCGAAACCCCAAACCCAACCUCAGCCCAUUAACCCAUCAGACUACGCCCACAGCCCAGCCCACUACGCCGUCGCACUCCACGACCACUCCACCUUAACUCGUCUUCUCUCCUCUCUCCCUAAACUCGCUGACCCACUCCGAGUCACAACCGAGUCAGACUCACUCCACCAAGAAAAAAUCUCCGAUAAAAUCUCAUCCAUUUUAGACCGCCGUGAUGACAUCCCUUUCCGUGAAACUCCUCUUCAUCUUGCUGUCCGUUUAAACGACGCCGUCUCUGCUCAACUCUUAGCCUCCGCUGGUGCUGACGUGUCUUUACAGAAUUCUUCUGGGUGGAACCCACUACAAGAUGCGCUUUGUCGUCGUAAAUUGGAAGUUUCUAGAAUACUUGUUCAACAUCAUCAUUUAUCUGCUUGGUCUAAGUGGCGUCGUCGUCUUCCUCGACUUCUUUCUGUUUUGAGAACAAUGAGGGAUUUUUAUAUGGAAAUUCAGUUUCAUUUUGAAUCUUCUUUUGUUCCUUUUAUUGGCAAAAUUGCUCCUUCUGAUACUUACCGAAUAUGGAAGCGCGAUGGAAACUUACGCGCGGACACAACACUGGCAGGAUUCGACGGCAUGAAAAUCCAACGCGCCGAUCAAAGCUUUCUCUUCCUCGGCGACGGCGAUCCGUCCAAAGAAAUUCCCGAAGGAUCACUGAUUGUUUUAAACCGCGACGAGAAAAAAAUAAUCGACGCAUUCGAAAACGCCGGAACUCCGAUGACCGACGACGACAUCGCAUCAUUCUGUUCCCAAACGAGCGUUUAUCGUCCAGGAAUGGACGUAACAAAAGCGGAGCUAAUUCCGCGCACAAAUUGGCGUCGGCAGGACAAAAUCGAAAGCGUCGGAGAAUGGAAGGGGAAAGUUUACGACGUUCAGAAUGUAGUGGUUAGUUUCAGGUCAAGAAAGGUGAGUGCUAGAGAUGAACAAGUGAUUCCAUUAGAGCUUGAUGAGGAAGAAGGUUUUCUAGUGGCGGAGAAUUUUGAGCUCCCUUGUGAUGAUAAAAGAAGGCAUAGUAGUUUUGUUAGAGAGGAGAGAGAGUGGGUGUCGGUGGGAAGGAAAAGUGUUGAUAUUAAUUUUUCGCCGCCGUCGAAGGUGGUGGAGCGGCGGCGUGCUUCAACGGUGAGUGAGGCAUCGAGGAUUCCUGUGGUGGAUAAUAGGCGACGUGCUUCAGCUGUGAAUGAAGCGGCAAGGAUUCCGAUGGCGGAGAGGCGGCGUGGUUCGACGGUUAAUGAGGGAUCAAGGAUACCAGUGGUGGCGGGAGGGGUGUCUUCGGCUGAGGUUAAGACGAAGGAGAAGGAGUAUGUUAAGAGUUUGCGGCCGACGGUGUGGUUGACGGAGGAUUUUCCAUUGAAGACGGAGGAGAUGUUGCCGUUGCUUGAUAUUUUGGCUAAUAAGGUUAAGGCUGUGAGAAGGAUGAGGGAGUUGCUUACUACCAAGUUUCCGCCGGGGACUUUUCCUGUUAAGAUAGCGAUCCCUGUGGUUCCAACAGUGAGGGUAGUAAUUACAUUCACUAAAUUUGUGGAGUUGCAACCAACCGAGUCUUUCUAUACUCCUUUAUCGAGUCCCCGAUACUUGAACAAUGGAACUAGUCCACCUGAAGAUGGGGAAAGACGUGCCACUUCAGCAUCGACAUCUUCAUCAGCAUCUUCUUGGCUACGACGUAGCAACAGCAGUAGAUCAUCUAACAAACCACAGCAGUGUCCAGAGGCACUGAUUUUAGAUCCGUUUGCUAUUCCCAGUGGAUACAGUUGGGAAAGUAUUGACAGUAAAAAUCAUAAAAUUAAAAAGACUAAAUCAGUCAGGAAAGCAAAGUAAGAUAGAUAGGCAAGUACAAAAUUGUAGUGUAGACUGUAGUUGCUAAUUUUGCUUUCCAAAUCUUUCUUCUCGUUGUCUGAGUUGCAUAUGUUGUAGAUAUUAUAAUUGUUGAGAUUUUUCAGCCAUAGGCUGCUGAGAAAGAGAGCAAUGAAAUGGAACAUGAUUUCUACGGCCCAA